CGAUGAGCCCGAUGCGGAGUGCUCCAUAAGGGAACCAGUUCUCAUUCCCGUCCCUGCCAGCGGACAUAAAAUGAGAACUAGCAAAUUUAUUGAAUCACUUAAUCCCCCAAGUUCGACUUAUCAUGUCUCCUAGUGCUCUUGCAGAAAACUCGGUCGAUGUCCUCAUCAUUGGUGCAGGCCCGGCAGGCCUCAUGUGCGCCAAUAGCCUUGCUAAGGCUGGGGUCAACUGUCGAAUUAUCGAUCAAAGACCUCACAAAGUUGCUGCAGGUCAGGCCGACGGUGUUCAGCCCAGGACAAUCGAAGUCCUUCAGAGUUAUGGACUCGCCCAACGACUGCUCGACGAAGGGAACCAGAUACACAUGGCGGCAUUCUAUAACCCCUCGGCGGAUGGCGGCAUCAAGCUCACCGACCGGGUCCCUGGGAUCAACGCGGAGAAUGCGAGGUAUCCCUUUGAAGUGACCCUUCAUCAAGGUGCUAUCGAAGCUAUAUUUUUGGACUCCCUGCGGUCUAUGGGAGUCCAAGUAGAGCGACCGGCCGUGCCGAUAGCCAUGGAAAUCACAGAGGAUGUCGCGGAACGGACCGACCCAAAUGCCUACGCCGUUCAGGUGACAUUGAAUCAUCUAGACCCUGCCCCAGGUCAGGCUCCCAUUGAGAUAGUGAACGCGAAGUUUGUUGUUGGUGCUGAUGGUGCACACUCAUGGGUCCGCAAGACUCUCAACAUCUCCAUGGACGGCGAACAAACGGAAUAUAUCUGGGGUGUCGUUGACAUGAUGACCGAGACUGAUUUGCCUGAUUUUCGUAACAAAACAGCGAUACAUUCUAUCAAUGGCUCUUGUAUGGUCAUCCCUCGAGAAGGGGAUAAGAUCCGACUCUAUAUUCAGUUAGAAGGAAAAGACGCCAUCAGCGCGGCGAGCGGCAGAGUGGACAAGUCGAAGAUGGGGCCAGAAAGGCUGCUCGAGGUUGCCAGGCGAUCGUUCUAUCCAUACACCAUCAAAAAUCCUAAAGCAUUUGACUGGUGGACCAUCUACAUCAUCGGUCAGCGAGUCGCUUCCAGGUACUCUGCUAGCGAACGUGUCUUCAUUGCCGGAGAUGCAUGCCAUACUCACUCGCCUAAAGCUGGCCAAGGAAUGAAUGCGAGCAUAAACGACACGCAUAAUUUAGCUUGGAAGCUUGCAUAUGUCCUGCGCGGUUGGGCGGACCUCUCCCUGCUCAAAACGUACGAAUCCGAAAGGCGACGAUACGCGCAGGAUCUCAUUAACUUUGACAAGAAGUUUGCCAAGCUAUUUUCCGGUAAACCGAUAACCAAGGAGUUCAAGAACGGCGUCUCUCACGAAGAGUUCCUCCGGGCCUUCCAAACAUUUGGAGCAUUCUCAUCGGGUAUCGGAGUACAUUACAACGAAUCGACCAUCGUCAACAGUACAUACCAAGACAUUGCCUCCAAGCUUGUCAUCGGGAUGCGCAUACCCCCCGAGAUGGUUGUUCGAGCAGCCGACUCGCGCUCAUUCAAUAUCCAAGACCUCCUUCCUUCCGAUGCACGAUUCAAGCUAAUCGUCUUCACGGGGGACACGUCGAAUGCAUCUACUCUUGCUGCGCUGCAGCAAUCAGCUGACGAACUCCAGUCCAUUCUGACCAAAUACAGCGCUUCAGGACCGAUUACGUCUGUGUUCGAUAUCAUUUCAAUAAGCUCUGAAAGCAAAGCUACGAUUUUGUAUAACGCACUACCUCCCCUUUUGAGGAGCCAUUGGACGAAGGUUUAUAUAGCCGAUGUUAAUGGCCUCGAGGACAACAAUGUCUACACCAGAUACGGAGUUACUGCCGAGGGUGCUGUGGUGGUGGUUCGUCCCGAUGGAUAUGUCGGGAUGGUGACUCCACUACAAAAGAUCGAAGACUUGAACCCGUAUUUUGCGUCGUUCAUGGAAUGUUGAAACUCUGAAGUACUAGUAAUCCAUAACUGCAAAGUAACUGAGAAAUGAUAUAGAAUGUGAUAGACGAUAGAUGCUAUAGAAUCCAAAUGAUGCCUGGAAAUGCAAGAAAC